GGAGGCGUGCUGAGGAGGCUUCGGGGGCGUGUCUAAACGGCCGCCUCGCCCCCGGCUCUUCGGACUCCGGGUGCUUCGCUGUCUGAGGCUCCUGAUCCCUGCGUUCUUGGAAAGGCUGCUGUUGCUGCGUUUGGGGCUCGGACGGAAGGCGAGUGUCGGGAGCCAAGGAACGGCGGUGUGGGAGACUCGGCCACCUGGAGAGCAGGCGCCCGCCCCGCGUCCAAAGUAAGCUGCCAUGUUGUGAACUUCCUGUGAAGAGAGCCAUGUGGUAGGGAACCAUGGAAAGCCCCUAGGAGCAGAGGCUGGACCUCUGGCUGACACCAAAAUAUUGGAAGUGAUCAAUCCUAUAGCUACAAGGAAGUGAUUUCUGCUAACAACCUGAGUGAGCUUGGAAGCAGGUGCUUCUCCAUCCAAGCUUUCACCUGAGAACACAAUCCAACUGAUACCUCAAUGGAGGCUAGAUGAGACCCUGAAGCAGAAAACCCAGAUGUUGGUUUACUACUAAUGGGUGUGAGCAAGUUAGAUGUUCUAUACCGGAGACUUCUCCUCACAAAACUUUUUAUCAGAGGAUGGGGAAGGCCAGAGGAUCUCAAAAAACUCUUUGAAUUUAGAAAGAUGAUUGGAAAUCGAGAAAGAUGUCAGAAUCUGGUUUCAAGUGAUUAUCCAGUAUACAUUGAUAAGAUUGAAGACCAGUCCGACUGUAAGAUACUAGAUGGCCACUUUGUUUCUCCUAUGGCUCACUAUGUGCCUGAUAUCAUGCCCAUUGAAUCUGUUAUUGCAAGGUUCCAAUUUAUUGUGCCUAAAGAAUGGAACAGCAAAUAUAGACCCGUAUGCAUUCAUCUUGCUGGAACAGGAGAUCAUCAUUACUGGAGACGGCGAACACUGAUGGCUCGUCCUAUGAUUAAAGAAGCCCGGAUGGCUUCUUUGUUGUUAGAAAACCCUUAUUAUAUCCUUUUGUGGAAACCCAAGGACCAAAUGAGGUCCAGCUUAAAAAACGUGUCUGACCUAUUUGUGAUGGGAGGAGCUCUUGUUUUAGAAUCUGCAGCUCUCUUGCACUGGCUAGAGAGGGAGGGUUACGGACCUCUAGGAAUGACCGGAAUAUCCAUGGGAGGACACAUGGCUUCCUUAGCGGUAUCCAACUGGCCUAAGCCCAUGCCAUUGAUUCCAUGUCUCUCUUGGUCCACAGCUUCUGGGGUCUUCACUACGGGCGUGCUGAGUAAAUCAAUUAAUUGGAAGGAGUUGGAAAAGCAGUAUUAUACAGAAACAGUUUAUGAGGAAGAAAUUAUUCACAUGCUUGAAUAUUGUGGAACAGAUUCUUUCAAAAUGGGACAAGAGUUCGUGAAACGCUUCCCUAGCAGUACAGACAAGCUCACUAACCUUAAUCUAGUUUCUAGAACUUUAAAUUUAGAUAUGACAGACAAAGUUGUGUCCCCAAAACCUGCUGAGUGCCAUAAAUCUAGUAAAACAUCUUUCAGUGCCACAUCAGAAGAACUCUUGUUGCAAGAUACCUCUAAGAUGCAGUGCUUCAAUCAAACACUUUCAAACAACAAAAGUAGUUACACAAGUUGUAAUCCUCAGUCAUACCACCUACUCAGUGAAGAACAAAGAAGAAAGAAUCUUCAGAAAGAAUCUUUAAUAUUUAUGAAAGGAGUCAUGGAUGAAUGUACUCAUGUAGCAAAUUUCUCAGUUCCAGUUGACCCAAGCCUCAUUAUAGUGGUUCAAGCCAAAGAAGAUGCCUACAUUCCCCGAACAGGAGUUCGAAGUCUACAAGAAAUUUGGCCUGGCUGUGAAAUCCGUUAUCUAGAAGGAGGGCAUAUCAGUGCUUAUCUUUUUAAACAAGGACUCUUCAGACGAGCCAUCUAUGAUGCAUUUGAACGCUUUCUCCAUAAAUAUGCUAACUAAUUGGAUCACUGUAAUCAACGUAGCCAUCAUGUUUCUUACAAAAGGAGUUUCAUCCUUUGAUGAUGUGAAGAACAAGCAGACACCACGAUAAUAUCUAACUGCUGCCAAUUUAGUCUGGAAUCCAGUGUUACAGAUCAGUCAACUAUAACCUUUAAAUGCAUUUGAAUAACUUUAAACCAGUAUUUGGAUGAAAUGACGUUGAAGUAUUUUGUUAUUGUUUAUGGGAAUCCCAUACACUCAAUAUAUAAUUUGUUUUUACUAUUUAUGAAAACUUUACAUUUUAAAUUAUAAUUUAUUAAUAAGUUAUUAAAAUAAAUUUAUUCAUAGAAACCAUUGGUUUUUAUAGAACUGCCAAAUCAAACAAAGUAUAUAAUACAUCAGCCUGUAUUGUAUACCCUUAUAUGUUUCUACUAUUGACUUACUUUGAGAAACGUGUAUUUUUUUAUGGAACCAUAGUGAAUUUAUAAUCUUAUUUUAACCUUUAAUUUUCUGCCAUGGAAAUAUUUAUGAUGUGUAAAAUCAGUGUUAACUUUGAAUUCUAAAAAAAUCCUGAGUAUUUCAUAUUUAAGUGAUUUAAUAAUUAAAAUGAAUGUGAAAAUGCAGGUAAGAUGUGUAAGACGUCGCCAAACUUUAAAACUCACAAAUAUUAGGUUAGGAAAAAAAGCCAAACGUAUGUCUCCUACUUAAAAACUUUCAAUUCAUGAAAAAUGGAAAUAAUGUGUUGCAUUAAUUGAUAGAUAUCGUGUCUUCACAUUUUCUUACAUACCUACUCUGGGUUUGCUAAACAUCUAACUUUACUUUAGGCCAACCAAGUACUUAACAGUUUUGAUUUUCUAAUUUCAAAAAUUAAUGGUCACGAUGAAAUCGAUUUGUUCCAAAUGAACUUUACAGAAAAGAUAUAACUACUAACUUUUUUAAAUUGGAAGAUUUCAUGGCUAGAUUUGGUGCUUUUCAUGAUAAACUUCUCAAGCUAAGAGUUAAAAUAUUCUUAAAAGUAGAAAAUAUAUUUGGGUGUUGUAUCAAGCCUUGGAAUAAAUGUAUUUGAGUUUUAUUUGUUUGAAAUCUGUGAUGUCUAUAGAUUAUUUUUAAAUUGUAGUCUUAAUCUAGUAAGGAUAUUUAAAUUAUAAUGUGCCUUUGUAGCAUUUUUUAAAGGUGAUUUUGUCACUCUAAUGCCUUCAUCACCUUAAUUUUUAAAAUCUUUAAAAAUUAUCAAUGUAAAGUCAUCGAUGGCAAGAGAUGUAAAUUCUUCUUUUCCUUUUUUCCUUCUCUUUUUCUUUUUUUGGAGUUAGAAGUUAUGUAAAACUGCUUUGGUGUAACAAACCCACAUGGUUACAGCCAUUUAAACUAUAGCAAUUUUACAGGUUCAGACUAGAACCUUUACUUUUAAUUGAAACUAUAAAAAUCUAAAGUUCUUCUAUAAUAUACCUGUUAAAGAUAAAGUAAAACUUAUUGUCAACAUGAAUUACAAGUAUUUUCUUUUGUAUAUUGUGAGGUAGUAUGAUUGAAUGCUUUCUGAACAAUGGCUUCAGUAAAACCAAUACUUUAUUUUUCACAUAAGUAUUUCUCACUAAGAAAUAAUGUACUAUGGUGUGUGACUGAAAUUUUAUUUCAUUUUAAUUAACUCUUAGGCAUAACUAAUUUUUCCCAAAUAAAUGUGAAAGUAUUUUAAAAUUUUUAUUUCUUAACCAUGUUUUAAGAAUAUAUCCAUGCAGCUACCUAACAUGAUUGAAAGUACAAAAUUCCUUUUCUUGAAGUUUUUAUCCACUCCCACCAAAAUAGUGACCAGCUUCAUCACAUACACACACACACACACACACACACCCAUGUGCUAUCUGUCAUUUGGGGACAUAAACUGCUAGAAAUUAUUUAGGCCAGGGUUGCAAACUGGUAGUUGAUAUAGGCCAGCGUGGCCCACAGCUGUUUCAUCCUGUGUACGUAACAUUUCAAAAUUUGAAACAUGCUUAGAUUGACACGCGUUCCCAGUUUGCCACAUGCGCCUGGACUCCCUCCUAUACUAGACUAGUUCACUAUUUUGUGGUUCCUACAUAUCCUUGAGGGCAUCUGAGUUUGACACCCGAUUUAGAUUUGUGAUUAGAACAAUUUUCUGAAUUUCAUGAUUUGCUAAUGUAAUUACUAUUAAAUAAUUUUAGCAUAUACAUUUUAGAUUGUUUCUUAUGAAUGUAUUUUUAAUGUGGUGCUUUCUCUUGUAAAGACUAUUGAAUUGUUAAUACUGUAACUGAAAUUUUUAAAAUCAUUUUCAAAUGUUUUAUACUUCACAAUAAAAGCUUAU